AUGCUAUACCUACUCGGGGGCUUGCUCCUUCUCCACGGCGGCUACCUGGCCUACGAACACAACUACGUCUCCGCCAAUGCUCCCCGGCCCCUUCCCAACGACAUUAUCCUUGAGGUGAUCAUCGGGGUGGUGGUGAUGGUGUUUGGCGCCAUGGCACUGAUCCGCAACCAGCCCCAGUUGUCAGUGACGGGGGAGAAAGUGACGCCGGCAGCGACGUAUUUGCAGCCUAUCGACCAGCAGCUGGCGUUCGCCGAGAAGAAACAGUUGGGAGUCCACGACUGGCAGCCGCUCGAACUGCGACCAGACUUUGUCGACGUGCUCGCUAAACGCCGUGAGUACAACGCCUACGUCGACGCCAAGUCGCAGAAGUAG